AUGUCAGUGACCGAAGCCGUUGCACGCAUAGAAUUAGCUGAAGAGUUUGAGUUUGAUCCCUCGGCACUUUCCGUGAUCGAGAGUGCGAGUAUAAGCAGCGAAACAGAGUUUAAGCAGGUGUGUCUAGCACUUUUUAGAAACUACUGGGGGCUUCCAAAAAUACAAAAGCAAGAAAAGUGGGCAGACUUUGUUCUCACUGCAAUUGAAAAAAGAGCAGAUAGAAACGAGUUUUUUGCACGCCUAAUGGAGUGCAUCAAGCAGGAGUGGAGACAGAUUGAUAUUCGGUUGAAGCCCAAGUUUGUCAAUCUUGUUAUAAAGCUUAUAGAGAUACAGAUAAAACACACAGACGCACAAAUAGAUAAAUUUAUUACCAAGGGACCAGAUGCAGAAUUUGACUGGCCAAUCAUGAAGGCAGUUAUCAGAAGCAAAGAAUCUCUAUCCACUGCGGAAACAGAGUACCUGCUAGACUAUCUUACAAAAAAUGCAAAUACAUACUUUAUGAACUUUUUCAUCAAGCACGUUCUUCCUAUACUGAAAAGAGACGGAGUAACAAAGGAAAUCGCAGACAGAGCAUAUACGGAAGGAAGUAGCAAAACAACAUCUGCAAAGAUGAAGGAGCUGUUCUAUUCGAUACACGCAUGUGCCCCCUAAUAUAUUUCCCUGUAAAAGGCCUAUAUCAGACGUUGAGUGCUCUUAAUCAGAGAGAAUCCUCUAUUUCUUUGAUUUUCUGCAAAAUGCGCUUUCUGUGAAGGGAGUACUCUCGAAUUUCCUCAUGUAUUUCAGAGGCAAGUGAUAUGCCCUGCAUGCUCAAUAAAUAGACCAGAA